CGAGAGUUGCGCUCAGUACUCAGUGAAUGUAGCUACUGUACACACACACACACACACACACAUACACACACACAUAUAUACACACACACAUAUACACACACACUCUCACUCACUCACUCACUCAUACACAAAGCUUUGACCAUGGCGGAAGAAGACGACACGAAAAUCCGGAUUCUACAAAGUCUGCGAGGGAAAAUCUGUGAAGGCCGGAACCUAGGUGUCGGUUCUGCAUCGAAUCGCAUCCAGAACACUAGUAUAUUUUGCACCAUCAGUCUGGACCAGGAGGAAGUGUUCCGCACUAAAGAAGUGUAUGACAAGAGUCUGAGGUGAGACGUGUUCAGGAAGACGUUAUGGCUCUUUUGGUACUCUCCCGUUUUAUGGGGAAGAUUUCUACUUUGAGAUCCCCAGGCCGUUCCAGUGCCUGUCCUUCUACGUUUAUGCCAAGACUAUGUUUCAGAGGGAACUGACCAUCGGGAAGGUGGCCCUCAGGAAAGAGGAGUUGUGUAAUUAUAGUGGAAAGGAGCACUGGUUUCCACUGCAACCUGUGGAUCCAAACUCGGAGGUGCAGGGGAAGGUGCAUCUAGAGAUGAAGCUUAAUGAAGUGAUCACAGAUAACAGGCCUGUCUCUUUGAGCCUGCAGGUCAGGAUAAUCGAGUGCCAGGGUUUACCGUUAAUCAGUGGGCAGGCCUGUGACUCUUACGCUUCUGUAACACUCCUUGGCCCUGCAAGGUCAGAUCAGAGGAAGACAAAGGUGAAGAAGAAAACCAGCGACCCUCACUUUGAUGAGACAGUUUACUUUGAGGUUUCCAGGCCAAGUAACUACAACAGGAAGAAUUUCCAGGUAGAGGAUGAGGACAUUGAGAAACUGGAGAUCAAGGUGGAGUUAUGGAAUAAUGGGAAUCUGGCUCAGGAUGUGUUUCUGGGUGAAACAAGAGUGUCAGUGAAGAUCCUGAGAAAUGACCUAGUGCAUAAAGCUUGGUAUCUGCUCCAGCCAAGGGGUAAUGGUGUGAAGUGUAAGCCUGAUGAUCUCGGCUCUUUGCGUCUGAACGUGUGUUACAUUGAGGACAACGUGCUGGUGUCAAACAGCUACAUUAAACUGAGAAACCUACUUCUCAAAUCACCUGAAGUACAGCCGAUCUCAGCAUCAGCUGCUCAUAUUCUGGGGGACGUGUGUAGAGAUCGAUCCGAAGCCUCACUGCCUUUAGUGCGACUUUUAAUGCAUGACAACAGACUGCUGCCUUUUCUCAUGGCUAUUGCUGCCUUGGAGCUGGAGAACACACAGGAGGCGAACACCAUCUUCCGUGGGAAUUGUCUGGCCACGCGCUGUAUCGAUGAUACGAUGAAGAUGGUGGGAAGAAAUUAUCUGAACAUCACACUGAAGCCUGUGUUGGAUGAGAUUUGUGAGUCCAAUAAAACGUGUGAAAUCGAUCCGAUCAAACUGAAGGAAGGAGAUAACGUAGAGGUCAACAAGGAGAACCUGCAGAUUUAUGUUCAGAAAGUAGUCUCGUCCAUUACGGAGUCGAGUGCAAGUUGUCCACCCCUGAUGUGUGACAUAUUCCGAUCCCUACGACAGCUGGCCUCUGACCGUUUUCCCAGUGAUCCUCAUGUUCAGUAUUCUGCCGUGAGCAGUUUUGUGUUCCUGAGGUUUUUCGCUGUAGCCGUUCUUUCUCCACACACCUUCCAGCUCCGGCCACACCAUCCAGAUCCAGAGGUUUCCCGAACCCUUACACUCAUCUCUAAAACCAUCCAGACUCUGGGCAGCUGGAGCAGCUUGUCUAAAACCAAAAUGUCAAGCUUCAAAGAGACCUACAUGUGUGAUUUCAUCAAAUUAUUCCUGGAAGAUAAAUAUAUAGAGAAAGUGAAGAAGUUUUUAGAUGACAUCUCAUCCAACGUGUGUAAAAGCACCAGCGGGGCAGAGGAUUCGAUCGUGCUGAAAGAAGGAGAGGUCCACAAGCGAGCCCAAGGUAAAAAGCGUAUAGUGAAGAAGAACUUUAAGAAGCGCUGGUUGAGAGUGACCAAUCGAGAGCUGUCAUACCAUAAACAUAAAGGGAAAGAUCCACUGUGUGUGAUUCCUGUAAACAGCAUCACAAGCGUAGAGAAACUGGAUGAAAGCACCUUCAACCGAAAAAAUAUGUUCCAGGUGAUCUUCGGCGAAAGGCCCCUCUAUGUUCAGGCAGGGAACUGUGUUGAGGCAAGCGAGUGGAUCGAUGUGCUGACUCAGCUCAUCCGCUGCAACACUGGCAGUGUGUUCCAGCCGGCUGUUAGCUGCAGAGACAGCACACUGGCAAAUAUCCAGCUGGAGAUUGACUGUGACAGAGAGACAGAGAGAAUUUUCUCGCUGUUCAGUGCCAGUUUACCUCGUCUGCAGAAAAUGGAAGAUGCCUGUGCCAGCAUGUCGGUGUACCUGGGCCAGCAGAAGGAGCAGGAGGAGUACUCUGCCUUCGUUAUUCAGGACCCGAAAGAGACAUUCCGCACCAUCAAGGAGAUCAGAGAAGUCCUGGAGGACCUGCGACUCAAACAUGACUCCAUCGAGCUCACAGACCAGCCAGGAACAAUUGAGAAUCCGAUCGUGGGGAAGAGGUCCUGACGCUGUGAGAGUGGUUGACUCCCUGCACACCAGCAGGGUGGCACUGCCCGAAGCCGGCCGCUGAGACACACAGUCAGUGAGGAAUGACAGGAGUGACGGCUGCUGGCUCACAAUGAAGAAACAGACUGCUGGAGAGAAUCAGCGACUCUCACACUCCGCACUGCGCCUUAAAUCACCUCUGACAAACGUGCGUGACGAAUCGACUCUGUCACUGAGACCAGCACGCACUCUGGAUCAGAACGCUGUUACGGGACCAGACUCCACCAGUGAUAUGAGAAUAUAAAUAUGGCUGCUAAACAGACGAACUUGACCUCCAGUUGGAAAACAAUCAUUUAAAUCCCUUCCGCAUUUUAUAGGCCUUUUUCCGAUAUCUGAUGUCUUUAAUGCGCAUCAAAGGGAAUUUUUCCCCAACUUUUCUAUUCUGUCUUUUAUAUUCGCAUGUGGAGUGUGUGGAUGUACGCAUACGCACUCCAUUUUGGACGGACACACACACACACACACAGAAAUGGCACUUUACACAUUUGGAAUGAUCCAGAUGAGUAUAUUUGAUACGCUGUAUCAUCACUCGAUUGAUCAGUUGAAUGAUCGCUUCAUUGUAACGCUCAUCUCUGUAAAGUUUGUAAUCGAUAUAUGUUUCUCAUGCCAAAGACAAUUUGUCAGUUUCAUGAUGUGUAAAUGGCAUUAUUUUUUGGAAUACUCACCUUUAAAUGAUGAUCUAUAUUUCUCAUGUCACAAAAAAAAAACCCCUUUUUUUUUUUUUUUUGUGACAGUCACACGUAAUCAGACCUGCUCUGUGAUUUUGCACAAGUCAUUUUCUCAGACAGAAGAACGGAGCAGAGAGAGAGAAAGAAAAGGAAACGUGGAAUGUGACGACGGGAGAGAUGUAGAGGAUUCCAGUAAAGAGUUAAUGGAGUUAAUACAUUCCUUUGAAUCAUCUCAUGAUUAGCGUGUGUAUCCAAUCAGGCAUUUUUUUUUUUUUAACUUCUCAGUGCACAUUUACAUAGUAAUCUAUUCUUUUUAUUUUCCUGUUAUUUCUACCCCAUGGAUAACUCGAAUUCUGUGUGACCCUUGUUUUGUAAUGUUUGUUAUCUGUUGGUACACUGAUUUAAAUUGAUCAGGUCAAAUUUGUUCCUGUAGGUACGAUAACCAGAGGCACGAUAGACAUGUGUUUUCAUGCCACAUCUCCAAGCCCCGACUCCUGCAUCUGGUUCGAUAUUGUUUCCUCCUGAUCAAUUUUAUUAUUUCACUGCUGUCCUUGCCUCCUACCCCUGCUCAUUUUAAGCUUAUCUGACAUUCCUCCUGAAUAAAUGAAGGAUCUGUAAUGUG